AUGGUGUGUCAGGCUCUUCAGAAAUUUUUUCAAAAGCUGGUGCACAGACCUGAGGUGAAGAAACUGGGCGAUAAAGAUGAGCAAGUCAGAAGCCUGAACACUCUGGAUUUAGUGGCCAUGGGUUUGGACUACACAGUGGAUAUGAGUGUGUAUUUCCUGGCUAGUGUGGUGGCUAGAGAUCAAGCAGGACCAUCCAUCGUGAUCAGCUUUUUGGUAGCUGGCCUAGCUUCACUGCUGGCUGGGCUGUGCUAUGCAGAGUUUAGUGCUCGGGUUCCCCACUCUGGCUCUUCAUAUCUCUAUACCUAUGUCACUGUAGGUGAACUUGGGGCUUUUGUCACUGGCUGGAACCUCAUCCUCUCCUUUUUUGCCUAUACAGCUAUUGUGAUCCGUGUCUGGACCUUAGCUUUAGACAACGUUUUCAAGAUCCAGAACUCUCAGACUCUGGAUGGGAGCAUCGUAUCACAUGUUUCUCGUGUCUUUGCAGAAAAUCUAGGUCUCUUCUUUGUGGGCCUUCUGUUGUUGCUCGUGGAAUUGCUAACCCAGAACAUUAGUCAGCUUUCCCUAGUUGCCAAAGUGUUCACAACAUUGAACAUUUUGGUUGUCAGUUUUGUCACCAUCUCUAGCUUCAUGAAGGGGGACCUGCACAACUGGAAGCUCACAGAAGAGGACUACAUAAAUUCUGGACUCAGUGACACCUCUAGCUUGGGCCUUCUGGGCUCUGGAGGAUUCGUGCCUUUUGGCUUCCAGGGGAUUCUCCGUGGAGCUGCUACUUGUUUCUAUGCAUUUAUAGGUUUUGAAUAUAUUGUUGCCCAAGUGCAAAAAGCUAAGAAUCCUGAGCAUUCCAUCCCCAGGAGCAUUUUUAUCUCAUUGUUCAUCUGUUUUUUAAUGCAUUUUGGUGUCUCUGUAGCACUUACGCUUAUGGUGCCUUACUACCAGCUCCGACCUGGAAGUACCUUGCCUGAGGCAUUUCUCCAUAUUGACUGGGUCCCUGCCUACUAUGCUGUAACUUUUGGAUUUUUCUGUAGUCUUUCUGACAGCUUCUUGGGCUAUAUGUUCCCCAUAGGUGAGGUGAUACACAUGAUGGCAAAGGAUGGCCUCCUGUACCCUGUCCUUGCCAGGAUCCAAACUGGCAAAUACACACGCACUGUGGCCACUGUGAUCAUCGGCAUUACUGCAGCAGUCAUGGCAUUUUUUCUUGGACUCACAGAUCUUUUGGACCUCAUGUCAGUUUGGGCCCUGCUAGAUUACUCCCUGGUAGCUUUUUGUGUUCUCAUUGUCAGGUAUCAGCCUGAGAGGAAGAAUGGGGAAAAUGAAGCACAGGUUCAACAGGAGAAAGGAUCUGCAGCAGAGAAGCUAACUCCACAGGGACUAUUUUUUCCAGGCAGCCCCACCCCCACCCCACUCUCUGGCCGGGUUGUCUCUGUUUGCUCCUCACUGCUUGCUCUGCUGCUGACUCUUCUCUGCCUGGUGCUGACCCAGUGGUCAGGUCUGCCUUCUGGAGACCCAGGAUGGAUCACAGUGGUUGUGCUGCUCCUGGUGGUCAUCACUGGGAUCACUGGGAUCAUCUGGAGACAGCCACAGAACACUACUCCUCUUCACUUUCAGGUACCUGGUCUGCCUCUCCUCCCACUCCUGAGCAUCUUUUUGAAUGUUUGCCUUAUGAUGCAGAUGACCGCUGGCACCUGGGCUCUAUCUGGUGUCUGGAUGCUGAUUGGGUUUGUAAUCUACUUCAGCUAUGGGAUCCAGCAGAGCUUUAAGAAUACAAACAGUAGGGACAGCCCCAGCAUUAAAAAAAGAAUACAAACAUUAGACCUUGAAUUCGGCAGUGCCAAUACAUAUUUGGCUUGA